CCAUCGUUGGCCCUCACGUCUCCAUCUCCGGCGCCAUCUUCGUCAACGGGGUCGCUAUCUCGCAGCGCAUCACGCCCUUCGUCAGCCUCGUCCCGCUUAUGGCCGACUCCGCUACGUUCCGCGCUGAUAACGCGAUGGGGUUCCUCAACCCACGGGACGAGCAUGUGGGACAGAUCGCGUUCCUGUUCAGGAGUCUGCGGGAAUGCCUGGACGACCUAGACACAUACUACGGCGACAUGCGGAGGCCCGCUAGUCUGCCCGGCCCCGGCGAGCUCUCUCCCGCGCCGCACUUCCGGUCGUUCGAGGUCGCUGGAGAGACGGUCGAGCUGACGUAUCUCUCCCGGAUGCCGGACCACAAGAUGGUCUUCGUCGCAGAGGCGAAUGGCGGCGGGGAGCAGCGUACGCGCUGCGUCGUCAAGUUUGCCUACCAGUACGGAAAGGCGGCGCACGAGUUCAUGUACGCGCGCGGGGUGGCCGCGCGGCUGAUGUACUGCCAGAGGGAGGUUUCCGUCGGCGGCUUCUGCGUCGUCAUCACGGAGUACAUCGACGAAGCCGAGAGCGCCAGGGCGUCGCACGCUGGGAUCGCGAAGCUCGGGGACGCACUGGCGGCGCUGCACAGCGAGAGGAACCUGGUCUUCGGCGACCUGCGCUUGGACAACGUGCUGAUUGACUCGACUGGGCAGCUGCGGAUGAUUGACUUUGACUGGAGCGGACCUGACGGCGUGAUGCGCUAUCCUCACGAUCUGAACACUGACAUCGCCUGGCCGGAAGGAGUGCGGCCUUGGGGGUUAUUGACGAAGGAGCACGACGUGGCGAUGUUACAGAAGCUGACGUCGGACCUUGAGAGUUGGCGGGUAGUCGGGGAGUAAUGGUGUUAGAGUGUACGCAGCAUUAGAAUACAUGUACCAAUCGUAAGCGGACAACUGUAUCC